CGCUACCUUCCUUGCCUGGUUGCCGCCUGAGUCUAGGCUCGGAGACAGGACGAUGGCGAUUCUCGGCGCGGCGAGGUUGACGCUAGGCCACCUGCAAAGAGGCACAGGGAACUUUGGAGCCAGCCUCUCCCACGCACUCUAGGGGCGUAUUCGCGGUGAGGUAUGUCGACCUGCGCUGGCACAGUUGCCGCCGUCCUCGCCCGUGACACCUCGCCCACAGACACGACCGGAGAGACAUGGGACGUCCGGCCAUGGCGCCAUCCGUCAUGCGCACAACAGCCUUCCACACGAUAUCACAGCCCGCGCCUGGCCCUCGCGCUGCCUCAGCCCCUGAGGUCAAGAAUACGACCUCAAAUGCAACAAUCUCCCCGAUCCCCUUCGCAUGCGACCCUCGGGAAAGACGGCGCCGGGCAUCGGGGCGAGGGGAAUCGGUGCUUCUGCGGGGCCUUCCAUGGAGCGCCGAGUGAUGCGCCGAGUGGUGCUGGUUCGUUGUUGUCUACGCAGAUCGGAUCGAGCCUGGGCAAUCGCUCGGCAGGUCUAGGCAAGUGCUUGAUCGAGGCCGCGCUCCGGGUCACAGGUUGUUAGUCAUCCAUGGCACUCUGUGAGACCGCUCUCCAGAAUCCCCACCGGUGAUCCGGAAGUUUGGCACGGGUUGCCGAACCCGCCCUCGUUCCACGGUUUUCCUGGUCAGCGAAGGACAGGAUAUUAUCCGACGCUUUUUCCAGCACGCGGAAAAUAAUUCCCCGCUGCAGCCAGCAUCCGGGCCCUCGGGAUGG